UCACAUCGCAACCCCAUCCAGCAGCAGAUUCAUCAGAGUAGGUUGGCUUAGUGCGAGGAGAUUACUGUGUUCUGUGGCUAAGUAAUAACUACAAGGCGAGAGUGUUUGAUCAUCGCGUAUAAAUUUUCCUCAAGGUUUUUUUCUCUGCCUUUUGAUUGCAAAAGUGCAAUUACCGUGGAGGUGUAGUCCGAUUGUACUCCAUUUUCUAAGCCUGGAAGAUUCGAAGGAUCCGGUGAGUUUCGGCGGAUUGAUGGUUGGAAGGAUGAAAGUGAAAAAAUAAUUGUGCUGAUUUACCCCCAGAGGGAAAAAAAGAGUGUGUGUCGUCUGGCUUUUGCCUUUUGAUUGAUGAUGAUGAUUCAUCAUCGUUUAGUUGGCUGCUGUUGGAAGACGGAGGAUCGGGUUGAAUGAAACAGAUUCCUGGAUGUGGGAAUUUUUUGGAAGAAUGUCCGACUGAGAGGAAAUGUGAAUUAGGUCCGGGAAUGUGUUACGUGUGAAGGUUUUUUUUUUCCUGCUGACCUCCCACAGUGAUACAGAAGACGGAUUUUUAGCUCCAGCAGAGGCCGAAUUCAGGUGUUUUGGGUGUAGUCCAUAAAAGUGACGGAAUUGAACGAAAAUGCAGGCCAUCAAGUGCGUCGUAGUCGGAGAUGGUGCCGUGGGUAAGACCUGUCUGUUGAUCAGCUACACGACCAAUGCCUUCCCGGGAGAAUACAUUCCGACCGUGUUCGACAACUAUUCGGCCAACGUCAUGGUCGACGGGAAGCCAAUCAAUCUGGGACUGUGGGAUACGGCUGGACAGGAAGAUUACGAUCGUCUCCGGCCACUUUCCUACCCACAGACGGACGUGUUUCUCAUAUGCUUCUCGCUGGUAAAUCCGGCCUCGUUUGAAAACGUUCGGGCCAAGUGGUACCCGGAGGUACGUCACCAUUGUCCGAACAUACCGAUAAUCCUCGUUGGAACCAAGCUCGAUCUUCGGGAUGACAAGCAAACCGUGGAUAAGCUACGCGAAAAGAAGCUCUCGCCCAUCACCUACCCCCAGGGAUUGGCCAUGGCCAAGGAAAUCGGUGCCGUCAAGUAUUUGGAAUGUUCUGCCCUGACACAGAAGGGGCUCAAAACCGUUUUCGACGAAGCGAUCCGUGCCGUUCUCUGUCCCAUCAUACCGGUGAAAAACAAACGUAAAUGUUCAAUUCUGUAAAUUGACCCCCUUGCAUGUGUCCCCACAAAUCCAAAAAACCCCCGCGGUUCGAAAUCUUCCUCCCGACAAAGCCAACCCGCCCUGGAAUCAGUAGCUAUCCAAAAAAUACCGUUUCCUUCCUUCCAUCAUCACCCACAAAAGAAAAAAAGAAAGCAAGAACCCAACCAAUAGUGCAGACGGCAUUUCUCCGCAUUUGUGUUGAAUAGUUGUGCAUAUAAUGAAACAUAACGCGAAGCGACAAAUUUGUCCCAUAGAAACAAAAAAAAAAGCGCAAACAGUGUGAGAGUGUGUAGUGUUCUAAUUGUAUAGCCCUCCCCCCGAAACAAAUCUUUUGGAGAGAGAGAGAAGUGAAAGCUACUACCAGCUAGAGGAAAGGUGGUGGUGGUGGUGGACAACGGCGGCUGGACCCAAAACAACAUCAUCAACAACCCAUUCAGUACCACGCAGCCCAGCGAAAAGACGGAGACGAGGAAGCGGGGAGAAACGGACGGCGGCGAAACGAGGUUGAUUAAAUGGAAAGAUUCACCGUUAUAUAGAUGGCACACCCAAACACAGACCAAAACCACAGACACACAAGCAAAAAAGCGUUAAGCAGCAAAGCAUAGGUUAACCAUAUGCUUUACAUUACUGUACCGCUGUAACUGCUGCGCUGUAACUACAAUGAUUGUACCAAUCCUUCUUCCUUUCCAAUAGCAACAGCCAGCGCGCGAUUGUGAGAUAAAAACCCCGUGUAAACCUAAUUGUUCUACGAUUAUGAAAUUGUUUUUUGCUGCCAACGAAAGAAUAAAACACAAUCCAGUUGUAGAGUCAAUAAAUUUGCCCCCCUUCCAGAGCGGUUAUCGUAAGUGACAUCAAAUCAAAAACCGUAACAACAAAAUGUAGAACUGUAAAACCACCAAGCAGGAAAUAUAAAAAAUGAGAUGUUUAUUCUGUUCAUAUUUUUUGUGCUUUUGAAGUAACAAAAGUGGGUGCGUUUAGUUUAUAACGUUUUUUUUUUAUUUUCUUUUCUUUUAUUAAGUAUUUAGUGUAAUAACAAAAACAAAAAUUAAGAAAUUUGAUUUUUCGAUGCGAAAAAUGAACAAAUUCGGAAACGGAAAUUGUAUAUCAAAAUGUAUAAUGGAACGUUCAACGCAUUACACACAAAAAAGAAACACAUUUGCUACAGCUAAAUAAUUCAUUAAUCAAAGAAGGAGAAACUAUGAUGAUCGAAAUACUAAACCAAGAAUCGCUUAAUAGGAACAAAAUCAUUUAACAGAAAACACAAACGAAACCAAGUAAAACGGAAAAAUAGCAUGUACGUUAUUGUAAUAAUUAAUAAAUUGAUUGAAUGUUGUAACAUGAGAUUUUUCUUUUUGUUUGUCGCUAGCAAGCUGUUAAUUUUUCGUGGAAAGAGAGAGAGAAAGACGAGUUUCAACGCUUCGUCCAACUGUGUUUUUGUCCUUUCUCGAUAUUGAAAGAAUGGCGCAUAAAUCAGUGAAACCAAUGUAGGAUAAAAGAGUAAAUUGGUUCUCUGUUUUGGGCGAUGAACCCUAUAAGUUCAUUGGGGAACACAGAUUUUGAUAGAC